CUUCCAAAUUAAUCAUAAAACCCCCCUGGUCACAAUUUUGUAUUAUAUGCUUUAAUUAUUGGAGUAUUAUUUUUUUAUACAAAGUAUAUAAAGCCCACAAAUUAUAAAGAAACCCAUUUUCCAAAACCCCAUUCUCUAGCUAGUUCAUUCUAUUCUAUUCUAGUAUUCUCCAAACACCAUCCAAUGAAAACCCCUAUAUUUUUUCUCCUCCUCAUUUCUUUCUCCACCAUUUUCCCUCCCAAACAAUGCUUAAGCCAAACUCAAUCACCCAUUAAAAACAUAGUAGUCCUAGUCUUAGAAAACAGGUCAUUUGAUCACUUAAUAGGAUGGAUGAAAAAAUCCUUCAACCCAAACAUCGACGGUGUAGAUGGUACCGAGUGCAACCCGGUCUCCACCAAAGACCCGGGAUCAAAUUCCGUCUGCGUCACCGAUGACGCCGAGUACGUAGACCCAGAUCCAGGGCACUCCUUUGAAGAGGUAGCAAAACAAGUGUUUGGGGAUAACAGCAGCAUUCCUUCAAUGACAGGGUUUAUAGAACAAGCACUUUCAAUGUCAGAGAAUGUUUCAGAAGCAGUUAUGAAAGGAUUUAAGCCUGAAAAUGUGCCUGUUUUUGAAAGUUUAGUUAGAGAAUUUGCUGUUUUUGAUAGAUGGUUUUCUUCAAUUCCUGGACCAACUCAACCAAACAGAUUAUUUGUUUAUUCUGGAACAUCACAUGGUGCUGUUAGUCAUGUGAAGAAACAGUUGGCUCUUGGAUACCCACAAAAAACUAUUUUUGAUUCAUUGCAUGAAAAUAAUUUGGAUUUUGGGAUUUAUUUUCAGGCAAUUUCAAGUACUUUGUUUUAUAGGAAUUUGAGAAAGUUGAAGUAUGUUUUCAAAUUUCAUCUCUAUGAUACUUUCAAGAAGCAUGCUAAUGAUGGUAAACUCCCCAGCUUAUCUGUUAUUGAACCCAGAUAUUUCGAUACGAAAGGAAUGCCAGCAAACGACGACCAUCCAUCACAUGAUGUAGCAAAUGGACAAAAACUAGUGAAGGAAGUGUAUGAAACACUAAGAGCAAGUCCACAAUGGAAUCAAAGUCUUUUGGUUAUAACAUAUGAUGAACAUGGUGGGUUUUAUGAUCAUGUACAAACACCUUACAUCAAUGUACCUAGCCCCGACGGCAACACUGCUCCUCCCCCGAGUUUCUUCAAGUUCGAUAGGCUCGGUGUUCGUGUUCCUACUAUUAUGGUCUCCCCUUGGAUCAACAAAGGAACUGUGAUAAGUAAACCAAAUGGACCAACACCAGAUUCCGAGUUCGAGCACUCUUCAAUCCCAGCUACCAUUAAGAAAAUAUUCAACCUCAACUCAAAUUUCUUGACUCACAGGGAUGAAUGGGCGGGUACUUUUGAGGGCGUUAUUGGGAAUUUAACUUCUCCCAGAACUGAUUGCCCACAGUUUCUGCCUGACGUAACUCCACUGAGGAAGACCGAAGCAGACGAAGAGAGGCAGCUAUCACAGUUUCAGACCGAAAUAGUUCAGUUAGCAGCUGUGCUGAAUGGUGACCAUUUCUUGAGCAGUUUCCCUAAUGAAAUGGCGGAUAAAAUGAAUGUAAAGGAAGCUCACGAGUACGUAACAGGUGCUGUAUCACGGUUUCUUCGAGCUGGGAAAGAGGCAGUUAAGCUUGGGGCUGAUGAAUCCACCAUUGUAAAUAUGAGGGCUUCCCUCACUACUAGAUCCUCUGUUCAUCAUUAAGGAAUAAUAAUCUUAGUAUACACAGUUUAAGGGUAGCCAUAGUGCUAAGUAAUAUGGUUUACCUUUAAUUAGAGGCCUUCCUAGAAAAAAGAAAUGCUUGGAAAUUAAAUAACUUGGUAGUUUUAGUUGCGUGCUUGAGUAAUUAGUAAUUCUCCAUCCGUCCCUUAAAAAUUAACCUUUCAUUUUUUAUUUGACUUUAACAGUAAUUAUUUUGAGUGAGUAGGUAAUGUUGCUGUUUAGCUGUAGGAUAAUUACAAAAGUAGAGAGAAAUGUGAGGAACAUGUUAAUUAAAAAAGAAUUGGAAAUACAUUUAGCUAGGAGUGCUAGUUUGGUGUUU